AAACCACAGAUAGUUUUGGUUUAUUUUGAAGGUUAUAGAGAGAGAGAGAGAGUUCCAAUGGAAGGACAAAUGAUCCCUAUGAAGAAAUCAGAACCCCUUUUUGUUCGGCCGGAGACGAAAACCACCUCUGACUCCAACGACGAGUUCUACUUCUUAUCCAACCUUGAUCAGAACAUCGCAGUUAUAAUCCAAACAGUGUACUGUUUCAAGGCGAAUAAUGACAACAAGAGCAGUACUGAGGGCAUUGGUGAUGUUAUCAAACAAGCCUUAGCUAAAGUUUUAGUUCAUUUUUACCCACUCACCGGCAGUUUAACGAUAAGUUCCGAUGGGAAACUUAUUGUGAAGUGCACAAAUCGAGGUGUGCCGUUCGUGGAGGCGAUGGCGGAGUGUGAUUUGGAUGUGUUGGGUGACAUUACGGUGCCCGAUCCUUCGAUGCUUGAGAAGCUUGUUUAUACAGUUCCUGGUGCGACAAACUUGUUGGAAAUGCCUCUGCUCACUGCACAGGUGACAAGGUUCAAGUGUGGGGGUUUUGUGCUGGGAAUGACAAUAAACCAUUGUUUGACCGAUGGAAUAACAGCAAUGGGGUUCGUAAAUUCCUGGGCUGAGACAGCAAGAGGAAUAUCACCUUCUACCCCACCAUUUCUUGAUAGAUCAAUCUUAACAUCAAGACAACCUCCUAAUAUCAAAUUCCCCCAUGAAGAGUUCUUAGAGAUAAAGGACAUAUCAAACAUGGUUUCCCUCUACCAACAAGACCAAAUGGUAUUUAAAUCCUUCGAUUUUGAUCCCGAAAAGCUUGCAAGAUUGAAGAAGAUAGCCAUGGAAGAUGGAGUGAUUAAGAGCUGCACAAGCUUCACAGUACUCACAGCUUUAGUAUGGCGUGCCAGAAGCAAAGUGUUGAAGAUGAAACCUAACCAACAAACCAAGCUUUUAUUUGCUGUUGAUGGAAGAUCAAAGCUAAUUCCACCACUGCCAAAAGGGUACUUUGGCAAUGGAAUUGUGCUAACAUGUUGUCUCUGCACUGCAGGAGAAUUAAUCGAAAAACCUCUAUCUUUUGCAGUAGGAUUAGUAAAAAAUGCAAUCAAAAUGGUGACUGAUGAGUUUAUCCGAUCGACAAUCGAUUAUUUUGAAGUAACUAGAGCAAGGCCUUCCCUUACUGGCACUCUUUUGGUCACUUCAUGGACUAGACUUGCUUUUAACACUGCAGAUUUUGGGUGGGGAGAGCCAAUUCAAUCAGGUGCUGUGACCUUACCAGAGAAAGAAGUGGUUUUGUUUAUAUCUAGUGGGAAGGAGAAGAGAGGAACCACUUUGCUUCUAGGCUUGCCACUCACUGCCAUGAAAGCCUUUCAAGAGCUUAUGCAAGUUUAGUUUUGAUUCACUGCCAUUAAUGGGACAAGCCCUAGAUGCAGUAUUGAUUAACAAUAUAUGUUUGUGAAGCUAAACUAUGUGAAGAGGAGUGUAGUACUGAGAUAACCAAAAACUAAUUUUCAUUUUUGUACCUUUUUUUUUUAGCAAUAAUACAAAAUCCAAAUAAAACCCAAAAAGUUGUGACUCAAAUGCAUAUCAUCCCUUAGAUGAAUAUAUCCCAUCAAUUUUUUCAGUGGAACCCACUUAUUCCACACUUAUC